GCCGCCAUCGCUUGCCGCGGCGGGGGUCGUUCGCACUGGGCCAAAAGGAGCUCGAAAACAACUCCAGGAACCCCGUGUCGCCAAUCUUGUCCGUGCUGAAGAGUUUAAUUCUGGCGCGCACGAGCCACCGAGUAUAUGGGGCUGGAGCCCGGCCGCGAUAAGGAAACGCAUUGGCCACCGGCUGCAGCGACACUACCAGGCACUUGGGCGCCUCGUGGUGCGUGGUGUGGUGUUGGGUGUGGGUGCGUACGUGGCAUGGUCGUACAUCAGGCGCGCUCUUCCAAGCGACGACGACGGCGCCAACCGCCGGGGGCAAAGAAGAAACCGCUGGAGCGGCCGGGGUGGCAGCUACGCGGGCGACGACGCGAAGUUUGCCCCCAAGGGCUUCCUGCGUAGCGUCGUGCUGGGCCCGAAGGAGGUCUUUGACUACCUGCUUGCACCCACUGGCUGCAAUUGA